GUGUCGGAGUGAAUGACGUCUCUGGAGCUGCGGGCCGCCGACGCAGGGCUGGGUUUCCAUUUUCAUUGCGAGUUUCAGGGGGGAAUCGUUAACAUGGAGCCGGAGAUGGAGGACAAAACGGUGGAACUGAUGAAUACGUCAGGGAUGGAGUCACAGAACCUUGUAGACGACCUGUCACCAAAGAAGACUACAGUUCUCAAGCUUAGUAAUGGUCCUGUCGUGGGCUCUCGCAAACGUCCGUCAGAAGGGAACUAUGAAAAGGAGAAGGAACACUGCAUCGCCCUGUUUGACCAGUGGUCAGAGGCCGACCAGGUGGAGUUCGUCGAACGUCUGAUAUCCCGUAUGUGCCACUACCAGCACGGCCACAUCAACUCCUACCUCAAACCCAUGCUGCAGAGGGACUUCAUCACUGCGUUGCCAGCCCAAGGCUUGGAUCACAUAGCAGAGAACAUAUUGUCUUUCCUGGAUGCGCGCUCGCUGUGCUCAGCGGAGUUGGUGUGUAAAGAGUGGCAGAGGGUCAUCUCUGAGGGUAUGCUGUGGAAGAAGCUUAUUGAACGUAUGGUCCGAACUGACCCACUUUGGAAAGGCUUGUCCGAAAGACACCAGUGGGAGAAAUAUCUGUUCAAGAAUCGCACAUCAGAAGUCCCACCUAACUCCUACUAUCACUCCCUUUAUCCUAAGAUUAUCCAAGACAUAGAGACUAUUGAAGCAAAUUGGCGAUGUGGCAGACACAACUUGCAGAGGAUUCAGUGUCGCUCAGAAAACAGUAAAGGGGUUUACUGUCUCCAGUACGAUGACGACAAAAUCAUUAGUGGCCUUAGGGACAACUCCAUCAAGAUCUGGGAUAAGCAGACUCUGGAAUGUCUGAAGAUACUGACCGGUCACACGGGCUCAGUAUUAUGUCUCCAGUAUGAUGAGAGGGUCAUUGUCACUGGGUCCUCUGACUCAACUGUCAGGGUGUGGGAGGUGACAACGGGUGAGGUACUCAACACACUGAUCCACCACAACGAGGCAGUUCUUCACCUGCGUUUUGCGAAUGGUCUGAUGGUCACCUGUUCCAAGGACCGUUCAAUUGCAGUCUGGGACAUGGCCUCGCCUACUGACAUCAGCCUACGCCGUGUCCUCGUGGGACACCGGGCUGCUGUCAAUGUGGUUGACUUUGACGACAAAUAUAUUGUGUCCGCCUCAGGAGACCGCACUAUUAAGGUAUGGAGCACCAGCACAUGUGAGUUUGUGCGCACUCUAAAUGGUCACAAGAGGGGAAUUGCCUGUCUACAGUAUCGAGAUCGUCUGGUAGUCAGCGGGUCUUCUGACAACACAAUCCGGUUAUGGGACAUCGAAUGUGGAGCAUGUUUGCGAGUGCUAGAAGGUCAUGAGGAGUUGGUGCGCUGCAUCCGCUUUGACAACAAAAGGAUCGUCAGUGGUGCUUAUGACGGCAAGAUAAAGGUGUGGGACCUGCAGGCCGCACUGGACCCACGGGCCCCUGCCAGCACAUUAUGUCUGCGCACUCUAGUGGAGCACUCUGGCCGCGUGUUCCGCCUUCAGUUUGACGAGUUUCAGAUCAUCAGCAGUUCUCACGAUGACACCAUUUUGAUCUGGGACUUCCUGAACGUCUCACCCAAUGGCCAGUCAGAAGGACGGUCUCCUUCCCGCACCUACACUUACAUUUCUAGAUAGCAGGUGGCACUAUGUAACACACCCCUUCUUGGAGGAAACCCAGGGCUGAUUGGCUGAUGGGUGCAUCUGUCAUGCAAAAGGAGCCCAUCUUUUUUCCUUCCACCUUGUCAUCUCUCUGUCCAUCUCCCACUCAGCCCACUUCACCCCUCUGCCCGUUCUGACAGACUUUAAGCUUGUGCAACAUUGCCUGCUAGUACAGUGACAUACAUACAGGUCAACACUGAUGAAGAUCCAUUACUACAGAACCCACUCGACUUUCCCAAGAAGAUCACCUUCUGCUACUAAUUUAUGUUUUGUAAAGUACACUAAUGACAGUAUUAAUGUAGACUAUAUAAGCCACAAGCUCCCUUUUUGUCCCCCUUGAUGCAAACUUAGAGCAGCUUCUGCGCCUCAGUUUUAAACCCCCCUGCCAAAAAGGUUUCCACCGAUAUGGAAUCACUUACAGAUCUAUAUUUAUAUAUACAUGCAUAUAUAUAUAUAAUACAUAUAUUACAGACACGCACAUACACAACGGGGCAGUUGGACAGAGGAUGACUGGAGCUGUGAUGCGGGAGACAAAGACUCUUAACUCAGCUCCAGGAAAGAAGGGAAGGAUGGGACAUGGAGGGAGUGAAUGAGGGAGAAAAUUGUUGGGGAUCCCUGUUCCCUCUCACUCCUCCUCGCUCCUCCCUGUCUCUCUCUCUUCUCCCCCCACCCCUUUGGUCUUUUCCUUGAUACCCAACCCCCCAAAUGCACCAUUGCUUGGAAUAUGGGGUCGCGCACACUCAAAAGUUUGUGUAUGUGGACUGAAAUGGCAGAACAAAGCAGAAGCAUCAAACAUGCAUGUGAGGUUGCCUUGGAUACAGCAUCCCGGUACAUCUCUGCUUUUUUUCUCUUUAAAUCUUAAUUUCUUACUGUUUUUUUUUCUUUUUUUUUUUACUGUUAUUUUCUAAUUUUAUUUGAGUAUUUUGGUUUUUAGUACAAAAAUCAUACUAAGCGUAGUCUUUUCUCCUCUCUCUCAUCGUCUUUCCUCCUCCUUUCUUCAUUCUUCGACCUGUGUUCAUCUGUCCCUUUCACGCCAUCUUUCUCUCCCAUCAUCUACGUGCUUGCUUUGGUUAUGAGAGAAGCUGGAAUUCAAGAGCUCAAUUUUAGCUGUAAACGGAGUUGUCUUGUCAAAAAUUGUGUUGUAUAUUAAAAUGAUUUUUUAAAGAAGAUAAUGACCUUAUUGUGAAUAAAGUACUUGACAGUGGUGGAGUGUUGAGCCAACUGUAACAUGA